AUUCGGGAAUUUGGGAAUUUGGGAAUCUCGGAGAUUAAACAAGAUGUCUACAGUAAUUUUUCAAGAACCAUUUUUAUAAAAAGCGAAUCGUGAAACAGUGGUGUCCGAAUGUCCAAAGUGCGAGCUUCGGUGGCGGGAAUAGAAAGAGGCAAACUCCUGUCUGCGUUUAAAGCCGAGCAAAAGUCCCCAGAGUAGGGGAACCCUCGCAUAUAAGACAGAAUAUGAACGGGGCCCGUGUUUAGUUUACGACAACCAAUCCACCUAGCCGUCACCUUUAUCCCUCGUCAAGAUCAACUACCUCCAUCCUUCGUGCUUCGGAUGACCUAUUAAUCGUCUACUGACCAUACAAAAACUGGAAGAACGAGUGUUCACACCCAUUAUCUUCAAGGACGGAGGAUAUCAGACGUCUAAGACCGGAUUUUACAGGACUCAGACCUGUGGAGGGAAUCGUUCCAAGAUUCUCGGAUUCGAAGGAUCAGUUUUGGACAGACCGGCAAACCCUCGGGGAUGAAGUCUUCCAGGAUGCUCGGUGGACGAAGACUAGCUUGCUCGCUGUUGACACUGUUGUUCGUUCAGCUGGUGUCCUGUGAGACGGAGGAUACCAAUACUGGACUGAACGAGCCAGACUUCGAGACUCCCGAGUACAUAUUACCCUGCAGCAGGUCGGAUCCUAAGGUGGAGGCAUGCUUCCAAAAUACGUUGAACCAUCUUCAACCCUAUUUGUUGAAAGGUAUCCCCGAUUUGGAUCUACCUCCAAUCGAGCCACUCAUCAUCCCGGAACUUGGAAUGGAGAAUGGACAAGGAGCAGUGCGCAUCAGAGCUCUGUUCUCCAAUAUCACCGUCAUAGGAGCGGGAAACUAUUCGAUUACCAAGACUCGCCUCGAUAUAGCCUCGUACAGGCUCGAUCUCCACCUGGGUUUCCCCAAGAUCGAACUUCAAGGUCGCUACGAGGUAGCAGGGAACGUGCUUCUUUUCCCAAUUCAGAGCCACGGCGAUUUUUGGGCACUUUUCGGUGACGUGCAGGCCAUCGCACGUGUGCAGGGCGCGGAGGAGGUCAGGGAAGGGAUUCGUUAUCUAAAAGUGACGCGAAUGCUGGUGGAUUUCAGCUUGGGUCGUGCUCGAUUUCGCGUGAUCGAUCAGCUGAACGGCAACAACGUGAUCGGUCAGGCCAUGAAUCAGUUUCUCAACCAGAACGCGAAAGAGAUCAUCGAAGAGAUGCGACCAGCUGCCAGCGCCAGCAUCGCUAAACAUUUCAAGGACUUUCUUGGCAAGGCCUUGAACAAGGUACCGCUGAAAGUAUGGCUCCACGACACGUAGCUUCCCGGAUCGUCUCUCCCGAAGACGAGAAACUCGCUACUACUCUCGAAACAUCGUGCUCGAAUUUCAGAUUGACCACGAGUUUGCGCAUAGUCGAAGGACGAUCGCAAAUCGAUCGAGUAUUUUGAUGGACUAAGACUAAAUUUGCGAACAUGUACGUGCUUUUUUUUCUUAGAAAAGUUAGGAUACUUGUGUGCGCUUUAGCCAAGAAUUAUCUAAUAUUAUUAUAGAAAUCACAAGUACCGUUAUAUUAUUAUUACUGUGGUAGAACCUCGGUUAUGCGAACUGAACAAAAUUCCAACACUGUCCUCGAAGCAAGCUAGAGCUUAAGCUCAAGUACAGCGUAGUAUAUUUAUCGUUAAUUUUAAUAAGCAGUGAUCUCUCAUUUAUUUUUGCAUUUCGAAUGUAACAAAAAUAAUUGUAUCACACCUACGAUUUAUUACUGUUAAGGCAACGUUUAUUUCAUUUGGGCUGAAGAGAAAAACAUAUUUUAUUUUAGGAAUCUUCGCUGAAAAAUUGUUUGUAACCAAAAGAUUGAGAGCCACUGUUUGGCGUAUAUACCAUUCGACAUUUUGUAAAUAUCGUCUGUAUUUGCUCCCUUAAAAUGUAUAUCACGUCAUUGUAAAUAUCAAGGGAAAAACAAUAAAGCAGUAAAUCUAUCAGU